UAUUUGGAACACCCGAGUAGCAGCUGUUUUCAUCCAUCGCUAGCAGCUAGUUUCACACUUUAUGCUCGCUUCAGCAACGAUUCGUUCGUUUUAUGUGCGAUUGGCGGUGUUUAGUAUAAAUAAAUAUAUACACAGGACGUGUUAUACACUCUGCACACGUUCUCCUGCAUUAAGGCUGCUCGAGCAGAGGACAAUCACAAUGGAACCUGCCUGCCGUAAGGACAAGCCAAAGCUCAACUCUACCCCAACUAGAGGAGACAGAUCGAAACAGAAAUCUGCACAGCAGGAACUCAAACAGCGACAGAGAGCAGAGAUAUACGCUUUGAACAAGGUGAUGACUGAGCUUGAGCAACAGCAGUUUGAGACCUUUUGUAAACAGAUGCAGCCACAAGGAGAAUGAUUACGCUGCCAGCGCUGCCUUCACAUUUCAGUUGGACCACCUCAGCCAUACCUACUCUUUUUUUUUUCCUUUUCUGACCCUACACUCGGCCAGAUCUCAAGAUGACUGGUAAUGGUCCAAAAGGCCUCGAAACUGGGACUGGUGGCACAAGACAGUUUCUCUCGAUUGUUAUUGAGAGCGUCUAUUAAAUGUAUUUGUUAAAAAAAAACAAUGGUUUACGUUUGGCCUCACACAGCUUUUGGUGGCAUACAGUAUAUGUUCUUUUUGUGUGACUGAAUUAGGAUUUAUGUCAUGAUUGGUAAGUGGCAAUGCUGGCCAACAUAAAUACAUGUAGCUUUAAAUAAGACAUGGAAACAGUGAUUACUCAAAAUGUGUAUACAGUCGUCCCUUGUUCAUCCCGGUUAAUUGGUUCCAGACCCGGCCGCAAUAAGUAGGAUUCAAUAUUAAUAAAUGGAAUAUUUUCAUAGCUAGAGCAUCGAAAACCUGUUUAUGACUUGCUAAAUACGUGUUUUAACAUUAUUAGAGCCAUGUAGACAUGAAAUAACACCCCAGUAGUCACUUUUACACACCUGUUAUUUGUUUACAUCACAUUGCGCAGGCUGCAGGGACAUAACAGACGGCCGCUAGCGAGCUAACUAGUUAGCCUUUCCAGUUUACUUUAUUCUAAACUUAAAGCGUUUCAAACAGAGUGGGGAAGAUGGACGAAGAAGCCAAAAACUUACCACAUCCACACGGAAUGAGAGGAGAAGUCAGCCGUGGCAUGUCGGCCCGGCUCUGUUGGCUCAUUUGCUAGUCUCCAUGCAGUGUGACAAGUCACGUAAUCUAACAUCAUUUCUCAUAACGUUACUGAUGCGUAGUGACCACAAUACUACAUAUAAUUUGUCUUUCAAUAUUUUUUGCCUAAGUCAACCAUGAAACAGCAGUCAUUUAUUAUUUUUGGAAGAACUGUGAUAUAGUGAGGGACGACUGCAUACAAUACAGUAUAGAUGGUGUAUGGCAGCGGUUCUCAACUGGUUUGGCUGCACGCCCACCAUCAUCCCUCAACGACAAGCAUCGACCCAAAUUGCAGACAUGUUUUCUACUCAAACGUCUCAAAUCUCUGAUAUUGAAAUAGGCUGUUGGCAAAGGUUACGUGGCUGCCCUGGCACGCACCUUAUGGUGGUGUAGCAAGUGAAUAGCACAGACAAGAACGUGAGGCGCAUUCAUGGACAUCGGGUCAUUACAUUUUUUUGGUUUUGUUUUCUGGCGGCCCACUGAAAACGGGUCAAGCUACCAGUUGAGAAUUGCUGGUGUCAGGCAAAUCUAUUCAGUGCUAAUAAUAAGCAUGUACAACAGUUCAUUUUGUAUUCACGUUUUUAAAUUGUUUUUUUAUUGUUAAAUAAACAGUUAUAGCUAUCAAAGUUACAAUAAGCUAUCCUGUUGUCUCUCAUAGCUAAAUGAGGUGAUAUUAGAAACAUCCUCCAGUAUGAUGCUGCGUAGUUCUUAGCAUAGUGUAUUGAGAAAGGGGGAAAAAAAUAACAGUACGUUUCCCUUGCAGGAGUAAGCUUGGUGCAUAAGGCAAAAGUGGUCCUAUUGAAACCAUCAUACCAAUAGUGUUUUUCUCUCUUCUUGUCUAGACCUGAACAGUAAUAGAACUCCCGGUCACCCUCACUCCAAACCACCCAUCC